AUGAGAAAACUGAGCUUUCUUGUAUUCAUUAUUUGCAUUUUGAUCUCUGUCAAGAACCAAAAUGCAGAGAUCAAGAAGAACUCAUGGCCAUAUUCAUCGUGGGAUUCCUUUCCUUCCAUAUUCUUGUCUCCUUUGUCGUUUAUGGAAGAAGAAGAAGAAGUAGGGCAUUCAAAUCGGUCACUUGAGUAUGAUUUCUAUCGUGAUUCGUGCCCACAGGCAGAGAGAAUCAUUCUCAGGGUGGUUCAGGAGCUUGACGAAGUCAACACCAGAGUAGCUCCUGCUCUUCUAAGGCUUAUGUUUCAUGAUUGUUUCAUUGAGGUUGAUGAUAUUGAUCUUUCUUUUUAUGCGUCUGUUUUGUUGGAUGCUGCUAGAGGCAUUGAUUCGGAGAAAGACUCUCCUCCCAAUCAAAAUUUGAAGGGAUUUGAUAUAAUUGACAAAAUCAAAUCAGAGAUUGAAAAGGUGUGCCCAGGAAUUGUUUCGUGUGCUGAUAUUGUUGCUUUAGCAGCCAGAGAAGGUGUUGUUCUGGCUGGUGGUCCAUUCUAUCCACUCUAUACUGGCAGGAGGGAUGGCACUCUUUCUUUCCGAGAUGUUGCAACACAUCAACUUCCUUCACCUAAUGCUGAUCUAUCUGAAACCCUUGCAUCUUUCGCCUCUAGGGGUUUCGAUGAAAGAGAAACUGUCAGUCUCCUGGGUGGUCACAGCAUAGGAGUAAUCCACUGCAAAUUCUUCCAAAACCGUCUCUACAACUUCAGUUGGACUAAUAAGCCCGAUCCAUCUCUGGAUACUGGAUUUCUUAGCCUAUUGAGAUCAAGAUGCAACAACAAUAACUCAUCAAAGGAAGCUUCACCUUCACCUUCGCCUUCCUUCAAAGCCCCACCACCAUCAUCUGCACCGUCGACUUCCUUUGAUGGGACCAAGUCACCAUCAACAGCACCGUCACUUUCUUGUAGUGGAUCGCCAUCUUCAUCAUCCAGCACAUCAGAAAUGAGGGGCUCCCCAUCAUCAUCGACAGCACCAUCACCUUCCUUGAAAGGCUCAAUAUCUUCCCCCGCACUCAUCAUCAGCACCCUCAUCAGCUUCCUUCGAAGAUUCACUGCUUUCCACACUGGCGGAGCCAGGAAUGAAUAUUGCCUAUGAGGGACCAGGAGUAGAUUUUGGCACAUUGUACUACCACGGUCUUUUGCAAGGUAAAGGAAUCGCCAUCUUCAUCAUCCAGCACAUCAGAAAUGAGGGGCUCCCCAUCAUCAUCGACAGCACCAUCACCUUCCUUGAAAGCCUCAAUAUCUUCCCCCGCACUCAUCAUCAGCACCCUCAUCAGCUUCCUUCGAAGAUUCACUGCUUUCCACACUGGCGGAGCCAGGAAUGAAUAUUGCCUAUGAGGGACCAGGAGUAGAUUUUGGCACAUUGUACUACCACGGUCUUUUACAAGGUAAAGGAAUCCUUUAUGCUGAUCAGCAGCUAAUGGCUGGGGUAGAAAAGAGGAUUUGGGUACGAGCAUAUGCUUCUGACAUCUCCUUGUUCCGCCGAGACUAUGCGCUAGCAAAGAUGAAGCUCUCAAAUCUCAGAGUUCUGACAGGAUCAACAGGCCAAGUCCGGCUCCAUUGUUCAAAGGUGGCAUGAGAGAAUAGUAAGAAGUGAAGGAGAGUGUAUUUAGUUGUCUAGCCUACUUUUUUGGCUUUUGCGCUCUUUCAAAUUGAAUCUACAUCAUAGAAUCCCGGCCUUUGAACUAGUUUCCAAUGCUCUGAAACUUGGAUUGAUUUGUGUUGCCCUUUAAUUUUUGUAUCCGAACUAUGAGAAACCCGCUGUUGGUUAAUUGUUGAACAGAUGCUGUAAAUGGAAGUGAAUCUUUUCUAGGUAA